AGAUAUUGCUGCACCGUUAGCAUGAAAGCUAAGACAAUACGAAACACAAAUUGUCCAUAAAUAACGGAUACUUGUAGUGUUAUAGUAGGUGUCUUUGACACAUACCACACAAGCUUAGGUAGCUAGUGAGGUCAAGCAAAAAGGAUCAUCCACGGUGACGUCAGGAUGCAUCGGUGUGCAGUUUGUCAAAAGUCUUUCCCAUCGCCAUAUAAACUUAGGAGACAUCAGGUUGUCCAUACUGGCCGGAAGCCCUACAUGUGUAAAGUCUGUGGAAAAGCCUUCACACAAACUGUGCAUUUAAAAACACACUUGCUGAAUGUCCACGAUUCACAGAUUCCAGGAGUCAGUCAACCGGGGGGCAAUUUGGCCAAUGACCAGAAGAAACCAAACUGGGAAAAACCAGCUGCAGGAGUCAUUGGCAACUGUUCUACAAUGCCAUCAACUGUGUUCUCUACUGCGUUCUCCCAGCCAGAAUGGAAAAGAGGAACUGUAACUCACAAGUCAUGUAUUCCUUUGUCAGAGACUGGAAAUAGAAGAACACAUGUGGCACAUGUAAAUGAUGGUUUGGUCACCCAGAGCAGCAUCUCAUGUGAUAUGGACCCAGUACAUCAAGAUCAAGGUGAUUCUGCAAACAUGGAUGCAUCUAUCUGCAGCAGCCGCAAAGGAUUCACAUGCAAAGUCUGCCUGAAGUCAUUUAGUUCAUCUCUUCAGCUUUGGAUUCAUUCACCAAUUCAUAACAAAUCCAAGUCAAUAGAGAGGGGCCAGACUUCUAAAUUGAAGAUGAAUUUGAAAAAGUGCUUGCAGCCACAAAACUUGAGAAGCUCAUAUAAAACCAAAUUAGCUCAGAGACACCAGUGUAGUACAUGUUUUAAAACCUUUUGUUCACCAUCCAAAUUGCAAAGACAUUUCCUGACCCAUACGGGACAGAAACCCUACUCAUGUACAGUUUGCCGGAAAACCUUUACGCAAAAGGUACACUUGAAAUCUCAUUUAGAAAAUGGAUGUCCACUUUCUGGGGUCAAUGCAGAAAGUAGACAUAACCAAAAAAACUCCAAUUUGCAGACUCGGUUAUCACUUCAAGACCCUUCAAGUCAUCUGAACUCAUCAGUGGAACUCAAGUUACAAUGUAAAACAAGUGGAAAUUCUGUGAAUGACCUCAAUAAGUCUGACAUCAAGUUGGAUGUGGUUGUAAAACCAGAACAACCAUUAAUUACAAGCAGUAACGGUCAGGAUGUUUGUGGUAGGUCAGGUGAACAGGAGUUCACAAAAAAAGAUAUGAAACCCUUUCAGUGUAUGAGCUGCAACAAAUCUUUUAGGUUAGAAGUGAAUUUAAUACGUCAUUGUAAAAUUCAUCAGAACUGUAAAGAAUUGGGACGCUCUGUGCAAACCAGGUCUAUGACUAACAGUAAUGAUGUGGAAAUCUGUGAUUCUGAAGCAAAGAGACGUGUAGCUGAAGGUAGUCAUGCAGAUCGGACUGACUCUAGCAUCUUUGUUGAACCAGAAUCAUGGAGAGAACUUUGGGAUGACUCCUCUUCUCAGGAUGCUUUAGCAACAAAACGCCGGAGGAAAGGCUGCAGCACCACCACCAGUAAUCAGAUUAAUACCUCACAUCAGUGCUAUAUGUGUUCAAAGUGUUUUCCAUCGGGAUCAAAACUUCAGAGGCACAUACUGACUCACACUGGACAGAGGCCAUUCCACUGUGAGAUAUGUGGAAAGAGAUUUCAACAGAAAACACACUUGAGGGUCCAUUCUCGCACGCACCUCUGGUCUAGAUAUCAGAAACAGCGAUCGUUGUAUAUCAAUCGUCCGCCCUCACGCACAGGUGGGCUUGACGAAAGGGUUGCAGCAGAUGUCCCAAACAACAAAAUGUUAGUGCCAAAAAAGGAAAUUGAGACAUGUACUGCAGUACAAAUCGAUCAGAUCUCUUCUAUAGUUGCUCAGAAUAAUGGCGAAAGAGAAUCAAGGAACAAAAUCUUCCCACAUACCUUCAACAAAAAUGAGACAUUACACUUCAGAAAGGUUUCCAAGGUUAACGUAAAAAGCACCCAGAUGUCUGAAUCAAUGCAAUAUCCUGGCAAUGUACGACACAAGUGCUUCCACUGUUUUAAGUGUUUCCAGAGUGCUUCUAAAUUACAAAGGCAUGAGUUGGUGCACACAGGCUUGAAGCCGUUUCCGUGUCCUAAGUGUGGUAGAGCUUUUGGGCAAACUUCACAUCUGAAAAGACAUAAAAGGACACGCUGUAACAGGAAACUGUCAAAACCAGUCAAUCGACAGGUGAACAUCAAGAAACUUAAAACAAGUUGUCAGCAGCAACUUUACCCAAGGAUCACUGUUAGUGUCCCAACCCCACAGCAGUCUGCAAAUACUUCCGCUAUGAGUUCAGUAUUUAACAGUGUUGUGAGUAAAAGAGGAAAGACGAACAGCCCGAAGACAAACUCGAAAAGUAAAACAAAGAAACUUCACACGUGUGGAAUAUGCUGUAAGAACUUUCCUUCUUCAUACAAACUCUCAAGGCACUUGGUUACUCACUCUGGGUUAAGGCCGUUUAAAUGUGCUCGGUGUGGCAAAACCUUUACACAGCGUUGUCAUCUGAAAGUUCAUGAGCACAGGUGCAGACAGGAAAGCAGGACCUCGCAUCAAACUCACAGAGUAAUAAAAAAUGUCACCCACCUCCGGAAUAAAUGCAUCGACAAUCUCACUGAUAAUACAGAUUUCAGUGUGAGAGCAGUGGGACAGCAGAUGGAGUCAUGUUAUUCUCGUGUUGGAGAUGUCUCUUGUAUCACAGAGGCAAUAGACACUACAUGGCUGUCAGUAGGGUUUAAAGAGGAUAUUGAAUCAGGGUCUUUAAAUGAGACUACAAUUGGUUACAAUCAGGCUACAGACCAUUGUAGUAAUUCAUUUCCCUCAGAGUUUGACCGUGAGAUGAAUAAUCUAAUCCAAAAUCAAGCUAUUUCAGGUGCAGCUAUGUUAUAUCAACAAAAGGGUAAUAUGCAUAAUGUAGAAAUACCAUGUCAUAAAAACACCACAGCUGUUUUAGACAAGAACAAGGUACUCAGAGCUUACUGGUGCGAACCAUCAACAGUGUUUGAAUGCGGCAAGUGCGCUGUAAACUUAACGAGCGAACAGGAUCUCAAGAAACAUCUUUGUGCAGCUCCUAAAUUGACAACUUCUGCCCUGAAGUAUCAGUGUGACAUUUGCUUCAAACAUUUUGUGUCUCCUUCUAAACUUAACAGGCAUUACAAUGUCCACACACGCCAGAGGCCAUUUUAGAUGUGACAUUUGUGGCAAAACCUUUACCCAGACAUCACACACCAGAAAACACAGAUGGACUCAUCAAUAAUCAAAUGUAUACACUGUUGUGUAUGAUCAGGAUUUUUGUUAUAAAAUGGUGUUUAUGAUAAU